CUCACUCACUCACACACACACUCACACCCAUACACACACACACUCACUGAGCGUCUGCUGUGGUUCAGCUGGAGCAGAGACGGACACAAGCUGGUGAGUGCCUCCACGGAUAACAUCGUGUCUCAGUGGGACGUCCUGACGGGAGACUGCGACCAGCGCUUCCGCUUCCCCUCGCCCAUCCUCAAGCUGCAGUACCACCCCCGAGACAUGGACAAGGUGCUGGUGUGUCCCAUGAAGUCUGCGCCCGUCCUGCUCACACUGUCCGACUCCAAACACGUGGUGCUGCCGGUGGACGACGACUCCGACCUCAACGUGGUGGCAGCUUUCGACCGGCGCGGAGACUACAUCUACACCGGCAACGCCAAGGGGAAGAUUCUGGUGCUGAACACGAACACACAGGACCUCGUGGCGUCGUUCAGAGUGACCACAGGAACCAGCAACACCACCGCCAUCAAAUCCAUCGAGUUCGCACGCAAGGGCAGCUGUUUCCUCAUCAACACGGCAGACCGUAUUAUCCGUGUGUAUGACGGCCGCGAGAUCCUGACCUGCGGCAGAGACGGAGAGCCCGAGCCCAUACAGAAACUACAGGACCUGGUCAACAGGGCACAUUGGCAUCCGGUGCGUCCGAUCAUCGCCUCCAUCUCCAGCGGUGUCGUGUCCAUCUGGGCUCAGAACCAAGUGGAGAACUGGAGCGCGUUUGCGCCAGACUUUAAAGAGCUGGAUGAGAACGUGGAGUACGAGGAGAGAGAAUCAGAGUUUGACAUCGAGGACGAGGACAAGAGCGAACCGGAGCAGACCGGUGCGGACGCUGCAGAGGACGAGGAGGUGGACGUCACGUCAGUCGAUCCCAUCCCAGCGUUCUGCAGCAGUGAUGAGGAGCUGGAGGACUUUAAAGCGCUGCUGUAUCUGCCCAUCGCUCCGGAGGUGGAGGAACCUGAGGAGAACCCGUUUGGCCCUCCGCCCGACGCCGCGGGUCAGAACGCCACGCCCGACGACGGCUCCGCCCACAGUGGCCCCGGCGACAAAAAACAGCGGCAACCGUCAUCCGACGGAGGGCCACCCAAGAAGAAGAUUCGCACCACCACCAUCGAGCUGCAGGGCGUCCCAAACGAUGAGGUCCAUCCGCUGCUGGGUGUGAAGGGCGACAGUAAGUCCAAGAAGAAGGCGGCGGGGCGGCCCAAGGGAUCGAAAGGUAAAGACAAAGACUCUCCGUUCAGACCCAAAGUCUACCGGGACAGAGCAGAGGGGCUGGGGAUGCCAGGAAAUCUGGUCUCGGCGGUGUACAAGCAGCACGAGGUUCAGGGUUUGGACUGAAGCUGAAGGCCUCUGGCGCCCCCUGUCUGUGUGGAUGAAUGACAUCGCUCUUUUUUUAUGGACUCUAUGGACUGUACUUGUGUUGUAUUAUUAUUAUUAUUAUUACUUGUGUUGUAUUAUCAACGACGCCACAGUUUGAAGCCCAUCCGAUCAGUUUCCUCGCACAGAGAGAGUGAUAGGAAGAGGGAAUCAUGUAUUUUUUGUUUAGAGUAGAUGGAUCUGUCUCCGUGUAUAAGCACUAGUCGGGUCGUAUACUCAGUCACAUGUCUUUUAUUUGUUUUGCGUUUGUUUCUUUAUUUCUGAGACUGGUUGUGUUUUUUUUAUACAUAUUAAACCAGUUUGUUUUUUGAGA